UGUUAAAAUAUAAUAUAUUUUAAUAUCAUGGGGUCAACAUGGACAAAGUUUCCUGAUAAGAACAUCUGACAGCUCUUUACGUCAAAGACUCAGAGUCACGCCUCCAAACUGAAUUCUGGAGAGGAAAGAUUAUCUUCUUUGGAAACCGUACCUGACACCUGGGGGAGGUUCUAUAACAAAGCUUACGUCUCUCUUCUCUUUAUAAAGACAGCUGAUUCAGUGUGAGCAGCAUCAUUCAGCAGCUGAGCUGACUCCAUACAACCAAACAACCCAACACCGAGUGUCUCCACACACGAGCUGAAAAUGUCUCAGUACGUUUCUGAGCUGGCAGUGUCCCUCAAUCAGGCUGAUGAGGAUCAGCUCACACAGAAACACUUCAAGAAAAUCAGCGUUGAUUUGAACCAAGGAGAUGGAGAGAACCGAGUCUUCAUCUGGUACAAAAAUGGCAACAAGUCCAUCACCAGGAUUCAACUGACACACAUGGAAGACAUGCAGGGUGGCCUGAACACUGCAAACUACACCAAGAUCGAGAAAAACCUCAACCCUGACAAAGCAGGGAAACCCAUCAACUUGUGGUCCUUCCAAGGUCCCUUGCUGUCAGAUAUUCCCAUCGUGGAGAUUGAUGUCACUGCUGACCCACACAAUGAGGCCUCCAAGUUCAGGGACGGCUGGGAGAGGAUGGCCUGUGAUCUGACCAGGGUGUCCACGGGGAAGAGGGUUUACCUGUGGAUGAAGAGAGAGAGACCCACAUACAUCUGUGAAGUCCAGGCCACUGAUAGCUUUGUCAACGACACCAGCCUCUUCCAGAACGGCUUCAUCCGGAUGGAUGAAAACACCAACAGAGGUACAGGAGGGGCUUAUGUCUUCCUGUGGUACCGUCACACCACCGGCUACAAAGAGGCCAUCAAAGACCUGCAGGUCUCCAUCAAGAAGGAAGAGUAUGACAGCUUUGAGCAGAGCAGCUUUGAGAGAGUGACGUUGGAUCUCAACAAGGGGACCGGAGCUGAUCCAGCGUACCUGUGGUUCAAGAAAGAAGGGAGCGACCCCGUCCAGACCCUCUCUGUGAUCAUCGAUCCAAAUGCUGUGGCUCUCUACGAGGCUGCAAAAGUCCAGGUCAUCAAGAAAAAUGUUGGCAAAAGCUUCAAUAACCUGUGUUUCUAUCGCUAAGGGUCACCAUGGUAACAGAUCUGAGCAUGCUCCCUGAAGAGGAGCACAAAGAGUUAAAAAAUACUCCUGUGUAAUCAUUUAAUGCUGACGUGUAAUCUGUUGAAGAAUCAGAUCUUGUUUACAUAAACUUCUUAUUUCUGAUUUAAUAACAUCAAUAAAAAAAAGUGAUCAUCUAAAAGUUCUAACAUCUCAAACUGACAUCACACUCUGAAGAAAUGUUCUGAA